CGCCCGGUUCGGCUGUCCGCCCUCUCCCCCUCCCCGCGUCCGACCGACCGACCGACCGACCGUCCGUCCUUGCGUCCGCAGCCCCCGGACUCCCCCCGCCCUUCGGCGCCUGGGAAACAAAGCGGCCGGAGCCGGAGCCCAACCGGAGCCGCCGCCCCCGCUCUGCAGCCGCCAACGCCGCCAUGGCGCGGGGGGCUCCCGGGGCCGGGGCGCGGGGGGCUCCGGGGCCGCCGCCGCUGCUGCUCCUCCUGCUGCUGCUCCUCGGGGCCGGACGCGCCGCCGGGGCUCAGCGCUGGCGCUACGAGAGCUUGGAGCGGCCGGUGGACCUGGAGGGAUCCGGGGACGACGACUCCUUCCCGGACGACGACCUGGACGAUCUGUACUCGGGUUCCGGCUCCGGCUUUUUCGAGCAAGAGUCGGGGAUCGAGACGGGCACCAGAAUGACCACGGACACGGCGGCCAGCGCGCCGUCCACCACGCCAUCCGGCCUCCCCGCGGCCUCCCCCGUGGCCCCUGGGGCCACCCCAUCCACAGAACCUCCUGCCCGCAGUGCGACCCUCAAGCCCUCCGAGCCCCCCGCCAGCACCCGGACCCAGUUCUGGGAUACUGAGGGGUCGGGCCUCCCCGGACACGGGAUCCCUACGGCUGCGACCACCCCCACGGUUGCCCUCAUGGCCUCGACCACCCUCGCGGGGGCUCCCCCGGUCGCGACCACCCCCACGACGACUUCUACCGCCGCGACCACCCCCACGGUGACUCCCACCACCGCGACCACCUCCACGGCGACCCCACCCGCCGCGGCCUCGCCCUCGACCGGCGCUCCAACUGCCCAGCCCACCUCGGCGUUGUGGCUCCCUCCUCUCCUGGCCACCACGGCCUCUUCGGCCCACCCCACACCUCCGGCCACUCCCGCCCCAACCCCGGAGACGGAGCCCACCGCCCCGGCCCCGGUCAGCACGGCCGUGGUCCAUCCGAGAGCCGAACCCUCGCCAGAAGCGGGAUCCCGGGCUCCGGACCUGCCGGAAAGCCAACCUGGAACCUCGCUGGCUGGUACCCGCCGGCCCCCUGAGCGAGCACAGACCCCGCCCCCCACGGCCUCGCCCUCCACGACCGCGGCCCCCGCGGGAGAGGCGCCGGUCAGCGGCGACUUCGAGGUCCCCGAAGAGACGGCGGCUCCCGAGCUGAGCAACGAGGUGGAGCCCGCGGGGGCGGCGCCCACCCCGGCCGAGGGGCAGGGCCGGGGCGGAGAGCGGGCGGCCCCCGACCUCCUGGACAACAGCAUCGACCCGGGGUCCUCGGCCGCCCAGCUGCCCCAGCGCAGUAUCCUGGAAAGGAAGGAAGUGCUCAUAGCCGUGAUCGUGGGCGGUGUGGUAGGGGCGCUCUUUGCCGCCUUCCUGGUCAUGCUGCUCGUCUACCGCAUGAAGAAGAAGGACGAGGGGAGCUACACCCUGGAGGAGCCCAAGCCGGCCAGCGUCACCUACCAGAAGCCCGACAAGCAGGAGGAAUUCUACGCCUAGGACCGCCCCCGCCGGGGGUCGCCCCCCAGCUCCCCCCCCCCGCUCUCUAUCGAUAACCCCCCCAUCCCGACUCAACGGAGCGGCCGACGGAGACGACCCCCAUCCCCACCCCUGCUCCUCCCACUCCCCACGCGGGGCCGGCCAGCCGGACUCUGGCCUACAGAGGCCCAGGGGCCAAGGGCCGAGUCGGAGAGGAGCUGUCGCCCGGGGUCUCUCCCCGACACGAGCUCUCCCCUUCCCCUCUCGCCCCCCUCUCCCGCCCCCCACCCUUCCCUGUGACUUGUCGGAGCCGGGACUGACCCCGCCUGCCGGCGGGGAGACGUCACCAGCCCCGGGAGCAGCGGAGCCGGCGGGGAAGGAACAUUUUCCUUUUUUAUUCCAAGUGACAAUAGACGGGCCGUGCGGGAGAGACACCGCAAACCUGGCCGGGGCUGCUCUGGGGAGAGACUUCAGUGGGAGACUUGGGGGGGAAGGGGAAAGGAAGUCGGGGCACGUGAAGGGGGCAUAGGGAAUCGGA